AUGAAGCAGCAGAAUACUGAGACACCAUUGGAGCCGUCGGCCUCGGCCCCUGCGCUGGCGGUCCUGCAUAAAGACCUCUUCUCCCUGCUCACGCUCAUCUACGCGGCGACAACGAAGCUUACACUCAGCCUCCGCGCUGAAGAACCGGCUUACAGGGCGGCGCUAGGUCCGCUUCAGGAUCUAACCACCAAUAUAUCCGCAAUCGCGACCUGCGCGACACUGUUCGAUGCCCACGGCCUCACGCUCGCAUCCGACGUCAAACAAGUCGUGAGGGAAGUAUGCAUCGCGCUGAGCGCGCUCGGGCAUACCCUCCUAGUAGACGGCGAUGAUCAUCUGGUGCACACUGGCAUGGUGCACGAACUGGUUGACAAAGCGAAGCGCGAUCUGCCUGCGGAUAACCGAGCCGCUGUGAAGAAGCGGUGGGCUUCCGACAGAGGGAUGCUGGAGGAUUCACUCCAAGACGUCACCAGUAUGAUUGAAGACAACGACGCCGAGGACGAGUUCGACGAAUUCGAUGAUGAGCUCGACGACCUCGGAUUGGGCUCAAGCAAAAAGAUGUCGGAGGUAGAGUUGGCGCGUACAAAAAAGAUACAGCCCCUUAUCCGCUUCACUACCCUGCUGCAUAAGCGAGUGCAGCUGGAUAUCCUAGCAAAGCCGUCACUAGAACCGACAAGCAGCGUCAUCCUCGACUCGCUUCCUUCCCACUCGCAUGCAAUCCUCGUAGCACUGGAGGACACCGUCGCUACAUUGUAUGCGCCUCAGGAUCCUUCAGCAAUUGCCUCAGCGAUCUCUCCAUUGGCGAAGUCAAUAGAAGAGCUGCGGUCCGCGCUUUCACCGAUGUUGCCUCCGGCGCUAAGCGCGACGGAGGUCGCCUCAGGAGGCGCAUCAACGGAGGCAAGAGGUCCACAGAAGGACGUACGGAAAUGGUUCACCGCUUGCUUUGAUCAGAUCGACAGGCUGUCGCACAACCUUCGGGACGCACUAGCACAGGAGAGCUCCAAUUCGACAUAG